ACCAAAUCAUGCCAAAAUCAGGAAUCCACAAACAUUUUUGGGGAAUUACCAGUGGAUGGUACGUCGGGCCCGUGCAGGCGUGCUAACCUGGCGCUGGGCUAAGGUUCAGAUCCAGUCAAGGAUUAACAAUGGAAAAGUUGUGUUUGUGAACAGGUUGGGAAAGUUUUGGCCCAAAAAAAGUUGUAGCGCUUUUCCUGCUUGCACGGAUGCGGUUUCGGGAAUCGACAACAUGCUGCGUGGGGGGAAAUGGACCACAACUCCAAAAGGUGCAUGGAUCUGUAGUGGAGUAAAAAUGUGUGUGUGAAAUCUAACAAAGAAAGACAUGAACAAUGGCAGAAAGAGAGAAGAAGAAUGCCGCUGUGUACCGCAGCGUCUCUUUCAAAAAGUUGGGGUCUUGGAGCGCCAACAGGAGUGAAGACCAACAACACAAAUCAGAGGAUUUGGAGGCAGCUGGCGUCGCCCUUCCCCCGGAGCCCAGCAAAGCAGAACAGCCCUUGGCGACGCGUAAUGUCAGUGUGUCAAGAAAAGUUUCCAAAAUCUCUGCCACCACCACCACCACCACCGGCCUCCCGACCGCAGAUCCAAAGAGAGGCUCCUCCACUCCUCACUCCUCUAUUUCUCCAUCCAUCCGACAGCUCACUGAAAAGUUUAGCAGCAGCGGCUCCGUCGGGACGCACAAAGCCUCGCCGGGAGACGGCGCAGCAGUGACGCGGGGGAGCAGCACUCUUCCUCGGGCUAGGGGCUCCAAGAGAGACGGCUCUCCAUCUCGUAAAUCUUUUCACGAGGAUAGCGGUGAAGGAUAUUUUCAGGAUAGCGAUACUACUACAGCAGAGUUACCCACAGACAGUAGAGUUAAAAAGUUUCACUCUGAUACUAACUCCGUGUCAGGCUCGGACUCUGAGAAGAAAAGUGAGAAGCGGAUUUUUACACAAUUAUCAACCGACAGCAACUCUGGUAAGAGAGAUUAUUCACAGAUCAAUGCAUGUCCCUCUGAUCCCAGAAAGACUUUGACUACAGAUGAGGAAGACAAUGUUAUUAGUAAAGGGGUUCCCCCACCCUGUAAAUCUCACAGAAGCUAUCUCUCUACACACCACAGUGACUUUAUUCCCCUGCACUCUGACAAGUGGCCCAGUGUUACCAAAAUUAGACAACUUUUUGAUGAGAGACAAGGCCAAGCUACGCAGCAGCACAAGACUGACUCUUUGGAGAAUUUAAAAGUAGUCGGCCCAGGAAAUCUACACGAGCUCUGCCCCAGUGAGACUGCUCCUUACUCGGAUAGAAGUGACAAACUUUCACCUUGCAGCUCUGCCAAUGAAGCCAGUGGUAGAUGCAUAGUUGGAGCACAAAGCAGAGAAAGCAAAGAUACUUUUUGUCACAGUAUGGACUUUUAUUCCAAAGCUGACCACCAGCAGUGCUCAAAUGAUGAGGAGGCAGACUUAGAGACACACAGUUCUAUUUACAACAAAGUUUCUGGCAGAAAUACUUUACAAGGCGGCAGUAGUUGUAGUUGCACUGGGGGUAGUCACCACCAGAGGAUUAACCCAUCUUUAUACAGAUCUCAUAGUCCCAGCACUGAGGCAGAGGCUGUCCACAAGACCCUCAGGACGACAGGGUUGACAUCUGACCCCAGCUCUGACCUUCAACCCCCUGCUACUUCGUCUUGGAGUCAAUCGGAGAGCUUGGACACCUCCUCCUGCUCCUCCUCUCUUCAGCGGUCGACAGUGAGGGAGAGAAGGGAUAGACAGGGGGUCGGGCUGCCCAGGGAUAGUUUACAUUCCUCACAUAGCUCCUCUAGAGCACCACCCCCCACCUUCUCCUCCCUCUCCUCUGCUCCACCUCCAGAAAAAGCCAUUACCUCCUCCUCCUUUACUGUAGCUCCCUCCACUGAGCUCAGAACCCCAAUAAAAGUUGCCUCUUCUCUUAGCUCCCGCUGGAGGUUUAGCUCUGGAGAUGAAGAGGAGGAGCACACCAGGAGAAGAAGAGGAGGUGGAGGAGGCAGUCUGAGUGUUCCUUCUGGCCCUGCUUCUUCCAUCUCCUACAGAGGAGGAGAAAGGGGCACUGCUGAGCGAGGAGGUAACUAUUUAUCCCGCAGUAAAAAUGGCUGGUGGGGUGCCAAGGGCAUUGGCAGGUCCUCAGGCAGUGAGGAGGACAGCCCUGGUUCUUUAGGCCCCCACAGUCGAGAGGCAGUGCGCCGCCGCUCGCUGAGAAAGAAGAAGAAGGUCGGCGGAGCUGCUCUUGCAACAGGCCGUGAUGAUUAUGACGAUCAUGAUGGCGAAUCAGAAGACAGCGACAGUGACACAGCCUUGAUAAUGGAGCACUUUGAGAGACACCACCAGCAGAACACAGGAGGACAGCUCGCGGGAACAGUAUCUCGGAGCCACUCAGCGAGAGAACCCCAUAGUAACAGAGCCAGGGUGCAACAAUGGGAGCGCAUCUCCUCACCUGUGACCUCCACGGCGCUUCCUGGUGUAUCCCGAGUGUCAAAGGUCAACAUCCCCUCAUUUGUUUCCAGUCCUGGUGGUUCACGCUGCAGCAGUCGGUACUCCAGCACUGAGACGCUGAAGGAGGAGGACCAGGCUAGCUCUGCCAACCGUGCAGGAAAUGUGUUUUUUAACACAGGCGGAGCAGGAGGCAACACAAGCAGAACCGCAUCCUCGUCCAUGCUGAGUAAAACUUACCAUGGGAAUUUUACCAUGUACCGCUCUCCAAGCUUUGGCCAUGGGGAUAACUUUUCCCGUAACCCUGCACGGGUGCGUCCCAAGAUUGUGUCUACAGUCACCCCCUUAUCUAAUUUAAUUGCCAGAGAAGACGGGGUGUCCCUAGGGGUUAGGGGUGGUGAGACCCCCGCAUUGAGGAGGUCGACAGGUGGGAAAGGGGUGGAUGAUAAUGAUAAAAACCAAAUCUCCAUGUCCAACCCUGAUAUCACCUCAGAAACCAUGUCCCUCCUAAGCUUUCUGAAAUCUGACCUGUCAGAGCUCAAGGUGCGGAAAACGAGUGGAGACAAAUCCGGGGUGGCGGAGGGGUUACCAGUGUACAGGAUGGGCUCACGGACUCAUGGCGGCACCCUGCUACCUUCUGGUCGUCGCCCAUCACUGAAAGACCUGACGGCCACCUUGCGGCGUGCAAAAUCCUUUACUUAUUCAGACAAACCCACAACAGCAGUGAGGUGUUACUUGACAGGUGGCGCCACGAAGAGGAGCUCCUCUGAGCAGCAGCUUGACUUUGAUGGAGAGGGGGAUGGAGGGAGGGUGGCAGUGUCAGAUAGGGAAGUAGAAAGUGACGGGGGUGAUUUUAGGAUUGGGAGAGGACAAAGGAUGAAGGAAUAUGGAUUUGAUGAUGAUAAUGAGGAGAGGAUGCCAACUCCAUUGCAGGAGAGGUAUGUGCAGGAGGCCAGGCAGGUCAUUCGAGAUAUCUGCCAGAUGAGUACUAGAGAAGAUGAUGAUGUAGAUGUGAGGAGAACUGACGAUGAUUUGGAGGACAAGUGCUUCCAGGUCAAGAAAACAAAUGAGGAGAAGGCAGCAGUGAGCGUUCAGGAUCAGGCAAGGACAGAUCAAGAGGCUGAGUUUAAGAACACGAAAGACAGGGAUAAACAGGAGAGGGAGAGAGAGAACAGAGAGAGCGAGAGGGAUGGACAAAGUAUGCAGUUGGAGAAGCUAAACAGCAGGGGCACAGAGUACAGGGAGAAGGCAAAGAGACAGAGCAGGGAGACGGAGAGAGCUUUACUGAAGGGUGACUCGGAGGAAAGCAUGUUCUACGACCGCUCGGUGGAUGAACUUUCAGGCCAUGAGUCUAGUUUAACAGAUGAAGGGAUUGUAACAGAGCCAGAGACAGGCCCCAGUGACCCCUCUGAGAGGUCAUUCCUGGGGUCAGCGGGGGUUAAUUUGGGGUCACGAAUUGCUAGGGAUGUGCUAGGGCAGCCUGUCACCGUAUGGAAGCAAUCGGCUCUCCAUGAGGCGGAGGGGUGUAAGCAGGAGAGAGAUGAGAUGAAGGAGAACAGCGUGAAUUGUACAAAUCGUCUGAAUGAAGUCAGCAUACCUCCCUCCUUGCCUCAUCCUGCCCGUAUGGCUGAGAGUGACAGUAUUAUCAUGGAGCUGAGCAGCACGGCUGGUAUCAGCAGUGUCAACACUACGAGUGAGGAGAUCAACACCAACAGCGCCGUGUCACAGAGGUCAGCAGGCACCGCAGGAGGAGUAGCACUUGAUGCCCCUGCGACCCCAAGUUCUGUCCGUCGAAGGCGCAAGUUCUCCCCGUCUGGUAACAACAACACAGGCUCUGAUUCCAGUAAUGGCAGCAACGCAGAGUCAACAAUAGCAGCUGUUGGAAAUGGGGAGUCCACAGUCUACCGCUCUCUCAGUGACCCCAUGCCUCAGCGGCGCUGUUCUGUGGCAGAAGAAGGGAAUAACAACUUUUCCUCUGUAGACAGCAACCUGUUAGGAUCCCUGUCUGUCAAAGGAGGAGGAGGUGCUCUGGAGGCCUCUGCUGAGGCCACCUUGUCAGAAUACAAGGGCAGCGUGGCUAGUGACCUGUCAGUUUACAGUGACGGCGGGCUCCGAGAUGACACCGUCAGUGACUACAGCGGCGUGAUCAGGAGCAUCGUAGCUGAGCCAGGUGCAAUGGACAGACUGAUGACGGAUGACCAUGGGAAUGGCAAAGCUCCCAAGAAGAAGUCGUUCAGUGACCCCAGUCGCCGCAGCGAUGCCCCUUUACUCUCUCAGAAUGACCCUCAAUGCAAAGGUCAGAUCGGCAGCACUCAGCCAAUCAGUGAGCUGGAUCAACCCGGUCCGAUCCCACCUUCCAUCAGUGAGCCAAUCCUCAGCGAACAGAGAGAGGAACUGUGGGAGCCGGAAGUGAAGCCUAAACAUAUACUGCCGACACAGCCAAACAUAAAUAAAGUUAAGAAAGCUCGUUCCCAGUCAGAAUGCACUCCCCACUCUGAUAACCAUGACGAUGAGGAUGAUGAUGUAAUAGACCAAGACGGGGAAGAGACAGAAGUGCAGAAGUUUAACUUUAAUCUCAAGCUGGCUGAGGUUCUGUCCCCUAGAAUGGUUCGUCGACCCGCAAAAAAGCGCCCAAACCGUCUGGCUCAGUUCUUCCCUCAUGAGGACCCAUUUGAGCCUGCAGAACUGGGUUCAGAGGAGCAGGAAGACCACAGUGACCAUACAGACCUCACCCUUACUCUUCCACCACUGCAAUGCAAAGCCAAAACCAGACCCAAGCAUGUCCGCCACGCCAGCGAACCUGCCACCUUUAUCCCCAUCUCCCCACCUCCUCAACUCCAGCCACUAAAGGAGGUGGACUGCCUCGCUGUACGACCUGCUGCAGAGCCUCCAACUUCGAGCAAGCCUCCAGGAGACGAGGCCCCGUCUCUGGAGGAUGUGACCCAGAAAUAUAUUCUGGAGCUGAGCACUGCUGAGGGCCCAGGGCCUGUUGCAGCAGCCAGGGAUGGAGCAGAAGGUUUAGUGUCGGCCUCAGAGGUGCCCAGUGAGAUCAGCACCAGUGGUAAUACAGAAGCUGGACUGCAGAAGAAGAGCACAGAGGACACAGCAUCCACGACUGCCCCACAGAGGACCAAGCCCAGAGUGGACAUGAGGAAACAUGUGAUGAUGACCCUCUUGGACACGGAGCAGUCAUAUGUCGAGUCACUGCGCAGUCUCAUUCAGGGCUACAUGCGUCCUCUCAAACAGCCUGACUGCGGCUCCAUCGUGGACCCCCUGCUGGUGGACGAGAUGUUCUACCAGAUCCCCGAGAUCCUGGAGCACCACGAGCACUUCCUGGAGCAAGUCUCCGGCUGCGUCAGCCAGUGGCACGACAGGCAGACAGUCGGACACCUCCUCAUCCAAUCAUUCUCCAAAGAGGCUCUGGCUAAUAUGUAUUCAGCGUACAUCGACAACUUUCUCAACGCCAAAGAUGCUGUGAGGAUCGCCAAGGAGGCCAAGCCGGCGUUUCACAAGUUUCUGGAGCAAAACAUGCGUGAGAACAAGGAGAAACAGGCUCUGGGUGAUCUGAUGAUCAAACCAGUCCAGAGGAUUCCUCGAUACGAGCUGCUGGUGAAGGACCUGCUGAAGCACACCCCAGAGGACCACCCAGACCACCAGUACUUACUGGACGCCCAGAGGGACAUCAAGCGGCUGGCUGAGAAGAUCAAUAAGGGCCGUCGGUCGGCUGAGGAGGCGGAGAGGGAGGCCAGGGUCAUCCAGGAGAUUGAGGCGCACAUAGAGGGAGUCGAACAUAUUCUGAACCCACAGAGGAAGUUCUUGAGACAGGAAAUGGUCAUGGAGGCGAAGACAGUUGGUGGGAAGAAGGAUCGCUCUCUCUUCCUCUUCAGCGAUCUGAUCAUCUGCACCACUCUCAAGAGGAAGUCUGGCUCGUUAAGACGCAGUUCCAUGAGCCUAUAUUCUGCUGCGAGUGUGAUCGAUACUUCCAGUAAAUACAAGUUCCUGUGGAAGCUUCCUCUGGAGGAGGUGGAGGUGGUGAAAAGCUCCACUCAGGCAACAAACAAAGAGAGCAUCCAAAAGAUGAUUAGUCGAUUAGAUGAAGAUCUCAGCACUUUGGGUCAGAUCAGCAAACUCUCUGAGACUCUCAGCUUCCCUCACCAGUCCCUGGACGAGGUGAUAAAGGACCUGAUGGCGUCUGUGCACAGGGAGCUGUCAGAGAAGCAGUCUCUGGCCUUCAGCAUGACCUUCCUGCCCACCAAGCUGGAGUUCACCACGGCGUCGGCUGAGAGCAGCUUCGUCUUCGAGUUCACCUCGCCCGACACUCGCUCCAACUUUGAACAGGCCUUUGAGGACGCAAAGAAGAAGCUCGCAAUGAAUAAGGACCAGUGGGACCCAGAGUUUCUGAAGGCCAUUCCUAUUAUGAAGACACGAAGUGGAAUGCAGUUCUCAUGUGCCUCCCCCAGCCACAGCUGUCCUGACAGUGGCUGCGAGGUGUGGGUGUGUAACAGUGAUGGAUACGUUGGACAGGUGUGUCUGUUGAACAUCAAAGAUGAGCCCACAGUGGAGGCCUGCAUCGCUGUCUGCUCCGCCCGGAUCAUAUGUAUCGCUGCAGUACAAGGACUCAAAGGAAGGGAGCGUGGAUCAGAGCCCACCCUGGCCACACCCUCUGCAGCACCUGCUCACACACAGCAGCAGCAGCUCCAUAUUUCUAUCUCUCAUUCGUCUCUGGAGCUGACGGAGCAACCCACAGGACCUGGAGCGGAGCUUGUUCCCUUUGACAGUGACGACACUGAUGACGAGGAUUCACCCAGCCCUUCUUCCACUUUACAGAGUCAGGCCAGUCACUCCACCAUAUCAUCUAGCUACGGCAAUGACGAGGGCCCGAGCUCCAAGGACAUGGCUACAGAGACCACCAGCAGCGAGGAGGAGCAGGAGUUCCCAGUGGCGAGCUCUUACGGAGCUCCGGGGAUGUUGGGGGUUAGUGGAGGAGGCCGCGCCCACACAGAGAGCCCCAUGGACGGCCGCGCCAUGCGCCGCUCCUCCCGGGGCUCCUUUACCAGGGCCAGCCUGGAGGACCUGCUCAGCAUCGACCCGGAGGCCUACCAGAGCUCAGUGUGGCUGGGCACAGAGGACGGAUGCAUCCACGUGUACCAGUCCUCGGACAACAUUCGUAACCGUAAGAACAGCAUGAAGAUGCAACACUCAGCCUCCAUCCUCUGUAUAUUGUAUUUGGACAACAAAGUGUUUGUGUCCUUGGCCAACGGAGAGGUGAUCGUCUAUCAGAGAGAAGCGGGUAGUUUCUGGGACCCUCAGUCGUCUCAAACCUUAGUUCUGGGCACGCCCAGUAGCCCCGUCACCAAAAUGGUCCCUGUGGGAGGAAAGCUUUGGUGUGGCUCACAGAACAGAGUCCUCAUUAUCAACACAACUACACUGGUUCAAGAGCACUGGUUCCAGGUGGGCACAGACAGCAGUCGGUGUGUGACCUGCAUGGUGGCGUACGGUCAGGGUGUGUGGUUGGCGUUGCAGGGCAGUGCGCAGGUCAAACUGUACCACGCUCAGACCUUGGAGAGCCUGACAGAGGUGGACGUGGCGCCGGCUGUGCAUAAGAUGCUUGCAGGUGCAGAUGCGAUCAUCAGACAGCACAAAGCCGCCUGUCUGAGAAUCACAGCAUUGCUUGCAUGUAAGGAUCUGCUGUGGAUUGGCACCAGUGCAGGGGUGGUGCUGACGCUGGUGAUCCCAGCAGUGAGCUCAGGGACUGGAGCCGGGACACUGAAAGCUCCACAGGUGCCGAUGGGCUCAGCUCACGGACACACGGGCCACGUUCGUUUCCUGACGUCAAUCGAACUACCGGAAGGGUUUGACAUGAACCUCCCUCCCACAACAACUGAUUCCACAGGCAAUCAAUCCCUGAGCGGCAGCACCGUUGACGGGAACCUCCAAAGACGUGACUCGGCGCGUCGCAGAGCCUCGGCCCACAUCCCAACAAAAACCAACCAUCUAGUAAUCUCCGGUGGCGACGGCUACGAGGACUUCAGACUGACCAAUAGCAGCGAAACAGUGGGAAGGGAUGACAGUACCAACCAUCUUUUGCUUUGGAAGGUCUGAGACAAUAAAUCCAACCUCCCUCGAGCUGAGAACGGCGCACAAGCUCCUGCCCUUUCCCUCACUGGACUCCUCACUUUUUGGUGUUGUUGUUUUGGUCUUUCUGCUCAGUCCACCAGUCUCUAUGUGCAUACUAUGGCUGUCAACUCCCUCCUGGACUUACUGAUGAAUAUGACCACUUCAAAGACAGUGUUAAUGUUUCUGAUGGUGUGCGUUGUUCCUCACUGAGUGGUGUCUGUGCGUGUGUAUUUCGUUAUUUGGCAUCUGCGAAUAUUGUCUAGAAACAUGUCUUUAAACUGAAGGAGGAGACAGAAGACAACGGAGAAGGGGAAAUUGAAAUUUUCACACAUGGAUGUAUGUUUGAGUGAUGAAGAGAAAGACUCUGCAGAACGUCAUUGCACAGGAGGUUGAAAGAUGACAUUUAAGUGAAGCAUGUACUUGUCCUGAAACAUUUUCGGGUUUUUUUGGACUCGGACAUAAACCCUUCAUUCCAUCAUCACUUCAUUUUAGGCUGAACUGCAGUCAAAAUGCCUCCUGAUGAAAAGAGGUAAUGUCAUGUAAAAAUAUAUGAAUGGAAACUAAGUAAAACCUUCCAUCACAGACUGUAGUUUGAUGGAUAUUCUGCAUACAUUUCCACAGCUUGAGCUCAAGCUUGGAAGAGUUGAUGUCUGUGAGGUUUUAAAGGAGUAAAAGACAAAGUAUUCUUGUUGCCCGGGUAACAACCCCUAAUGGCAGAUCUGAGAUCAGACGUUUCUGGUCCUGGUAGGGUUGCAACUACUCCACGAUUGCUACUAGAUAUGAGACUGCUAAAAUCCUCUUUUCUCCUGUAGAGGGAGAGUGAAUAUCAUUAAAAGUGCAAUAUGUGGUGAGGAUAUCUAGCAAACACAUGAACACAGUCACACACACACACACACACACACACACAUUAAUGCACAGCCUUCACUCACUCACUCACUCACUCACCCACUCACUCACUCAAUCAGAAGACAUUUGUGAAAAACACAAAUGUGUGUUUUUUUCCACAGAUAAUCACUUUGCAUCAGUUUUCUGAUUUAAUUUUUGUCCUCAGUUUAAGAUGACAUGUACGUAGAUGAUGCCUGCUACUGGAGACGUUCCUCCUUAACAUGACUAUGCCAAAGCCUUGUUUUUGUUACAGUUUUGACAUUAAGGGAUCUGAGAAGAUUUCUUUUGCCAUGAAAUUUCAGUUUGUUGAGCAGAAAUCAGGAGCUGAUGUUACUGACUUCUAUGACGCUAGGCUGUGGUAGCAGAUAGUUAUGUACAGUAUUUAUGGUUUUGAUUUUAGCGCCUUCUUUUAUAGCACUUAAUUUAUAGAAGAUGUAGCUUUCACUUUUUGUUUUUGCGUUGAAGAAUAAGGAUGCCCUGGCUUGAUUAGUGGGAAUAGAUAAAUGAGGAUAAGGAUAGACAGACACACACACAGCAGGGGUGUAACCAUGCAGUCCACAUAUCUCUGUUCAUAUAUUAGCCGUUUCUGGCCAAAGACCCAAGGCUGUAAACGAUCCCAAGAUUCACCACGUUGUCUCUGAAUCCAGCUUGAUCCAUUUGUUGACCUGACCAAGAACACAGUCUCUCUUACUCCUUUUCCACCAAAGAAGCUCUGGUUCUUGAACCGGUUCUGUUCGGGAU